AUGGUAUCGGUCACAAUGCACACGCCUCAGUUCCCGAGCAUCACGCCUCGUUUGAUAACACAUUAUCAAAGGAACACCUGGAUCUUUCACAAGGGUGCAUCAAUCACUGAGAAACGAACGACCAUAGCGAAGCGAGCAGCAGCUGUGUUGACAAAUACCAAUACUCGCCCAGCCCACUUUGUCCCACUUCCUUCCCUCUUCUCCAUCACCAACAGGGAACAUGUCGUCGGAUAUCAACCUGCUCCUAGAGAAGGCCACACAGCCCACUGCUGUUUGGACAUUGACUGGGACACCACCUUGCACAUUGUGGACCUCAUACGUCAGGGAGAUGUCAAUCCCAAGGCAGCUGUACAGUCUCUGGUGAGUCGUCUCAAGGACAGCAACCCUAAUGUGGUGCUGUUGGCGCUGCAGGUGUUUGAAUCAGUUGUGAAAAACUGUGGGCAGGCAGUGCAUGAGCAGGUGGCAUGUCGGGGUGUGAUGGAACAGAUACACGAUGUCCUGCGCAGCAACCCCAAUGAUGAGGUGCGCAAGAAGAUUCUGCUGCUCCUGUCCACUUGGGUGUAUGCCUUCCGCAAUGAGCCCAAAUACAGGGCCGUCCAGGACACUGUCAACAUUCUGAAGGCAGAGGGCCAUCACCUUCCUACUGUCAGUGAGAGCGAUGCUAUGUUCACUGCUGACCGCGCCCCUGACUGGGCUGAUGGGGAGUGUUGUCACCGCUGUCGCACUCAGUUCACUAUGUUGAGACGCAAGCACCAUUGUCGUGCCUGUGGCCAAGUGUUCUGUGGGGACUGCUCCAGCAAGUCUUCCACCAUCCCAAAGUUUGGUAUCGAGAGGGAGGUGCGUGUGUGUGAGUCUUGCUACGACGACAUCAACAACCCCCAAAGACCCCUCCCCUCUGCUGACAAGGUGGAGAGUGAGGAGCCAAACAGCCCCAAGAAUUCCAAGACACCAGGAAAGAAGAGUGAGGAGGAGCUGCAGGAGGAGGAAGAGCUGCAGCUGGCCAUUGCUCUCUCCCGCUCAGAGGCAGAGAACAAAGAGAAGGAAAAACUUCGUGCAACUUCAUCUAUCUUGGGAAAUUGGCGGCAGACAUCACCCACUCCAGCCUCUCCUGCCCCACAGUCAACACAGGACAAGGAGGACAUGGAUCCUGAACUUGCAAGGUACUUGAACCGCUCAUAUUGGGAGCAGCAGCAGCACCAGCAACACCAGCAGCCACAGCAGCAGAAGUCGCCCUCCCAGGCAGGCGAUUCAGCAAGCACCCUCUCCCCCACACAGCCCUCAGCCCCAACAUCUGGCAACAGAACACUCAUGUCACCCUCUAAACUAGAGCCAGUAAAGGUGACUGAGAACUAUCAGAAUGGGGAAACCGAAGAAAUAGACGAGUUUGUGGCAACACUGCGGACUCAACUGGAAAUAUUUGUGAACCGUAUGAAGAGCAACCAGAGCAGGGGCCGGCCCAUCGCUAAUGACACGGCUGUGCAGACACUCUUCAUGAACAUCACAGCAAUGCAUGCACAGCUGCUCAAAUACAUUCAUGAACAGGAUGACAAACGAGUGAACUUUGAGCGCCUACAGGACAAGAUCUCACAAGUUAGGGAUGCUCGGGCAGCCCUGGAGGCCCUGAGGGAAGAGCACCGUGACCGAGUGAGGAGAGAAAGAGAGGAGCAAGAGAGAAUCAGGCAAAUGCAAAUGAUGCAAAAGCUGGAAAUCAUGAGAAAGAAGAAGCAGGAAUACCUAGAGUACCAGAGGCAACUUGCCCUCCACCGCAUGGCGGAGAGCGAACGGGAGAUAUUCAAGGCGUCAGGCAUGGCAGCUCCAGGACCCAUGUACUCCAUGGGCUACCCACCCUACCCUGGUGCCCCAGGACCCAUGCCUGGCCACAUGUUUCCACCCCAGUCUGAAGGAGCAGCUCCUCAGGCAAUCCCACCACUACCCCAAGGGGGUUUGCCUCAAGGUGGAGCAGCUCCAACAUCUAUGCCAUUCCAGCAGCCUGGUCCACCUCCCAAUAUGCCACCAUACCAGCCUAUGCCCCCUGGCCACCCUGGAGGCAUGAUGCCAGUGCCACCAGGUGGUGCUCCACCACCUGCAUCUCAGCCAAGCUUCCAGCAGCCAGCCCCAAUGCCACCUGAGUUUGCCCCAUACAAUAUGCAAGGUUUAGCCAACACCUUGCCCAAUGUGCCAGGGUAUCCACCUGCUCAAGGCCAACCUGCCCCCAGUGCAGGGCCUCCGCAGAUGCCAAGUCAGCCUGCCAUGACAACUAGUGGUCCUGUUCAUGGUGUGCCACAGGACAUGAGUGGGGGUGCCAACCAGGUGCCUCCUGCACAGCCCAACAAUCCCCCAACGCCGCAGGAUCAACAGGCUGAGCUGAUUUCCUUUGAUUAAUCUAGGAAGUGAUUUGUCUUUGACUUAAUGCAGUAUGUGUACUAUUUGAUAAGGUUUGAUUUUGUAUUUGCAAAGUGUAUUCUAUGAUUAUUAAUAUUUGACAUUUGUAGUUGUAAUCUUAAUACACAGUCUUUAGCAAAGUAAACAAAGUGUGCUAUGAUAUAGAAUGUAUAUAUUAAUUGCAGUUUGACUAGACCAUUCCCACAAUGAAAUGCUUACAUAUGGAUAUGUGAAAUAUUUUAACAUAUGUAGGAGUUGGAAAGGUUUUCUUUAAUGUUGAUACUUUUUGUGUUGUAUAAAUGAGCACUUCACUUGAGGCAGCCCAGGAUCCAGUAGCAGCAACUGUUAAAGCUUGACAGCUGAGUCAGAGCAUUCCUGGAGAAAACGGCUAUUGUAGUAGUUAUGACAUGAACCCUUUGUUUGGCUCAGUUUUUUAAAGCUUCUUUAAUUGUUAUAAACAAAUAAAUUUGGAGCACUGUAAUUGACUUCUUGAUGUAGAAUGUUUCAUGGAGACUUUGCUAGUAGUGUACUGAUAAAUUUUUUGAAGAUUGGUUAAAUGUUUGAUGUGACAUUUUUAGACAUGCAGGAAUUUCUUUACAGGCCCUAAUUUUUUAUAUGCCUUAUUUUAUUUACUUAUUUUUUUAUUUAUAUUUUUUUUUAUUUAUUUAUUUUAUUUUUUUGGGGGGGGGCAAAUAGGGACUUAAUUGGAGAUGAUUUUAUUGAUAAAUACACAGGUAGAUUUUAUGUUUACAAAUCAUAAAGGGUAAAAGUAUCAAUUAAUUGCAUACAGUGGUAAAGCUCCUAACUGAUAAAUGUCACAGUAGUCUUCAUGACAGUGAAGUAUCCACCUGCUCAAGGCCAACUUGCCCCCAGUGCAGGGCCUCCGCAGAUGCCAAGUCAGCCUGCCAUGACAACUAGUGGUCCUGUUCAUGGUGUGCCACAGGACAUGAGUGGGGGUGCCACUAACACACACUAACACACAUGUCAAAAGAACUUCCCUAAAUGAACUGGAAGGGCUGAGGAUUUUUUUUUUAUUUAUUUUAUUUUUUUUUUCUAUAAUUUGGUAACAAUUACAAAGUUAUUCUAUAUAAUUUUUUUCUGUAGCUAUUACACAUAGUAAUUAUCACAGAUAGGUCUUUUCAACUUUGGAUAAAUUAAUUCAGGCUAAUUAUGUCUUUUAUAAGUACUGCAGAUGCAAUAGAAAAUGGCAAACUGAAACACUAUAGAAAGAGAAUUAAGCAUUAAAGGUUUUUUCUUGUCUACAUGAGUUCCUGAGCAGCCAAGCAUUAACCUCCUUGACCAACACAUUGAUAGACUUCAGCUACUUAUUCAGUUCUAAUUCACUCUUAUACUGAUAAUGCAUUCACAUGUUUGAUCAUGUGUAGGAAUGUGAAGUCCACAAAACAUACACACUAGUAGAACACUGCAGAAUUAAUUUCAUUUGGCCACAUUAGGCUAUGUUACAAAGUGUAACACAUGUCAUAUACUAUGUGGUUCCUGAUAAAGAUAUUUUGGAAAGUUGUCCCUUUAUUUACUCAUGAUUUGGAGUGAGGGAAGAUUGCAGUUUUCAGGAUAAAAAAUAAACCCUUAUUCCUAGAGUUCCUGGAAACUACUUUCAUAGAGUUUAGAUGCAUAAGAAUUAAUGAUUCUGGGCUGAGAGAACAUGGGCUUGUGUGAAAUUCAUGGAUGAAUUUGAAAGUUGAUUGGAAUCUCAAAAAAUAAUCGUGUGUUCAGAACUGCCAUAGAUAGGCAGCUGAGAGAGAUGAGUAGGAAAGGUUUAAUGUGUUUAUGUUAGUGGAAUCAUUGGCUGAUGAUUAUUGUGAUGAUAAAUAUUUCUUGUCAACUUAGUGGAGAGUAAUGUAAGGAUCCCUAUACUUGCUGAAGAGAAUAACUGAUAUAUGUAAAUGUAUACAAAUUGUAGAUAUUUCAUGAUAAAAAUAUUAUUAACAUUUUUCCUGUUCUGUUUGAUGUAUUCCAUUAGUGUAUUGUUAAUUUGUCAUCACAUGGUAUAAUAUAAAAUUUUAUAGAUGGAAGGUUCACAGGUACGAUAGAAAUGUACUAAUAUUGUAUUGUUACACCGUUUGUGGCUUCCAUUUUUUUUUUGUGUGCAAUGUGGAUAUGGUAUUAGAUGAUUGGUGAUUACUUCUGCAAGUCAUCAUCUGCAAGGUGCUUUUAUUUUUUAGUUUUCAGAUUUGACUUUUUUUUUCAGAAUCAGUUGACAUUUUAAUAUUCAUUUUAGUUUUAAUUUAUAUUAUGCAGCUUUUUAUGGGUACAAUAUAAUUUGUGCAUUUUUUAAGUUCACAGUCGUAACCUUUCUACAUAUGUUAUACUAUAUACUAUGCCAUUUGUUUUCUUAUAUUUAUCCAACAGUUAUAACUUACCUUCUCUUGUGUUGUAUUAUACUUCUGCACUGCCAGUCAUUUCUGUGUAGUCACAUAACUUACAUACAGUGGUAUAUACUGGUUACAUUAGUCUAUUGGGAACUUAGCAAGUCAUUUCUUCUCAUUAGGAAACUUGAGAAUUUUCUAACUUUGUUGGCCAAGUGGGAGGAAGGUAUGAGUAUUACUUCAUAGAACAUCAAAAUGGUACAUAUUUUUCUCUUAUGAUUGUUAUGUUUACUGGUGAUUGACUAAAUCCUUUUAUUUCUAGAGCACUAUCUUAUACAGGCCACUUACAAAUAUUAUGGGUUAUGUUAUUUUGUUAAGUCUAGAGAUGCAUAUACUGUAGUACUGAUUUUUCACCAUUCAUAUUUAAUGUAUAUAACCAAUAUUCAAUGUUUUCUGUAUAAUCCCAAAUAAUUACAAUACAGGGAACUCCAAUAUAACUAGUACCUAGUGGGAUACAGGUUUUCUGAAACGUCAUAAUUCUGCCUGCAAAUACAUCUCUUCUUUCUUGCAAUGAUUACUAUGACUUUCAAUCCUCUUUUCUUCCAUUCAGCAAUUUCAGUGUGUUUUGCUUGCAGGUGUUGUCUGAGUGAAGCAAGGGCAACUGACAUAGUGUAUAGCUAGAAAAUUAUUAACAAUUUUUCAUGGUAUCGAUUAUUUGCUUCAGGCUACUGAAUGCAUAAACCUUUUUGGUUUAGAGUUAGUAUAUGUAAAGGGACUGUUCCUUGGUUCUAGUGAAAAAUAUUGUAGAAAAUAUUAAGUAUGCUAUAUUAGUUUGCAGCUCAGCACAGUAGUUUUCAGCACCAAGAGUAACCUCUUAUGUUUUCAGUAUUCAAGCAUAGCCAUCCACAUUUAAUGAAUACCAUAUGCAUCACACCAUACAUAAUGUGAGGCAGGUUCCUAUUUUGUUGCUCACACUUUCUGGAAGUGUAAAUAUGCAACAUGUGGUAUGUGAAGAGAGUUUUGAGACAUUUCUCUUGCUGUGGAAAAAUUAUCCCAAAAGCUUAAUGGAUAUUCUCUCUCUCUCUCUCUCUCUCUCUCUCUCUCUCUCUCUCUCUCUCUCUCUCUCUCUCUCUCUCUCUCUCUCUCUCUCUCUCUCUCUCUCUCUC